UUAUACUGUCAUAUCGCUAGUGACGUCAUAUCUGUCAUCCCGCUAACAGAAGUGAACCAAUAGCGACGCAUAGCCGUCUCGUCAGCGGGAUAAAAACAACGACGUCUAACGGAAAAUGGGGAAUCACCGAUGUCGCGCUAUUCCGCUGUAAUAUGAGUACGAUCUCUGCAAAUGUUACCGCGGAGCAACACUGGGAGUACAUGUUUCGACGAGGAAGAUCGAGACCAACGUGAACGUUUUGUCCGGAGCAUCUUUGCAAUUGUAGACAAGAUGUAAGGUUACCUAACCUCCUCACAGCCACGACGAGUGAAACGCAGAGUCGGCAGAGCGCAAAAAUAGGAAUCGUCGAGAAAGUUCGUAGACUAUCGGCAACACACUUGUAUUCUUGAUUUUAAUUUUGUAAUCACGGCUUCUUUUCGAUGAGUCGCACAAUGAACGACAUCGAAAGCCCGGAGAAUGAUAUCUUCGGAUCCUAUUGCGCGCUCUUAGUUGCCUUCAGGACCAUGAAGGAACGCUGCCAGCAAUUACAAACACGAUUAGCAGCAGUGGAAAAGGAGAACAUGUGUCUUAGGCUUGAAUGCGGCAGAGACAUGUCCACAGCGAUCGUCAAAGAUAAGAGUGAUAGGUCUGCGGUACAAACGCUGCAGGAAAAAAUAGAGGAACUUACGAAACAAAAGUCUCAACUGUCCCAUCAUGUUUUCAUGGUAGCUGCGGAAAAUCGUCAAUUAUGGAGCAGACUAACAAGAUUGACGAAAACUAACAAAUCUUUAGGCAGUCAGUUGACAAAAAUUUCAGAUACACUUAAACAGCAUCAUGUCACACAGCCGGCUGAUAUUAUUUCAUAUAAUUUUCGUGAUACAUCUAAUAUGGACAGACAGGAUGCUAACAAGACGUACUUAUUAACUACACAUGGUGAAAGAGAGCAAAGCUUGGAAGAAAUAUCCCUCCGAUUAAUAAAUAGUAUUAUGCUAGAGAAGUCUGAUCUUGAACAGCAGUAUGCAGAGAUGGUGGAAUUGCACAAUAGUUCUGAAUUAAAUUUACAAAAUGUUGGUUUCACGUAUCCAGAAGAUUCCGACAUAGAUUCGCUGGAGCAAUUGAAGCAGCAUGAGAUUCGAUUGUCUCAAACCAAGGAUGCCUUACUUGGGCAACAAACUAGGUUAAAAAGAGCUUUGCAGAAUCUUAAAAAAAUAAGGAAUGGAGUAUGUAAUAAUUGUCGCGAGAAAGCGAAUAAAAAGAUGUGCCAAACGGGCACACAAUUCGAUUCUGAUGAUAGUUUCAAGGAACAUGGAGCUACUCAGACUAGUCUUAUGACUCCUAACAUUUCUAUGGAAAAAUGUCCUAAUCUGAACGAUAAUUUAGAUGCGGAUAUCAAUACAUGUCCGUUAUGUGGAAUUGUUUACGGAAAAUCCAUAUCGUUUGAGGAAUUUCAUCAACAUGUUUUAACCCAUAUAACCAAUGAAGUCUCUACAGAGGAUUUUGAACUUGUACAUUGAUCACAUUGUCAAAAUCAAUGUUGAAUCAUGCGAUGAUUUUCCUUCCAAUUCCAAUUUGUAUAGAAAUGAAAUUUAUGGUAAUUGGGAUCUUUAGAAAAAUAUUGAAAUAUAUAAAAUACUCCUACUAUAGUAUAAAUUACAAAACGAGACAAUACUAUGUAUUGCAAAAGUAUUUAUUUUUAUAUUAAUAAACGCAGUCGGGAAAAUGAAACUCUCAUCACA